UCUGUAGAAAGCCAAUAUAUGAAAAUAACACCAGACAAAAUCCUAUAGCAUGCUACUGUGUGAACCAAAAAGAGUGAUCAUGAGUAAUAUAUAUUUGGAGUUAAACUAGAAGAUUAUUUGAUUAUGCUAUCAGAGAUAGUUAAUCAAAAUUCCAAAACUCACUUUAGUCACUAACUAUAAACAUGUAUGCCUUAGAAUUCUUUUGCACUGCAAAUCAUUUUUCUACUUGAAUCUUCAUCAUCAUUCUUGGUUCUCCUUUAACUCAACCAUGGCAGAUGAGGUGAUUCUGCUAGAUUUCUGGCCAAGUCCUUUUGGGAUGAGGGUCAGAAUAGCCCUUGCUGAAAAGGGCAUCAAGUAUGAGUACAAAGAAGAGGACUUGAGGAACAAGAGCCCUAUGCUCCUUCAAAUGAACCCGGUUCACAAGAAAAUCCCGGUUCUCAUCCACAAUGGCAACCCCAUUUGUGAAUCUCUCAUCGCUGUUCAGUACAUUGACGAGGUUUGGAAUGACAAAAAUCCCUUGUUGCCUUCUGAUCCCUACAAGAGAUCUCAGGCUAGAUUCUGGGCUGACUAUGUUGACAAGAAGAUAUAUGAUCUUGGAAGGAAGAUUUGGACAUCAAAAGGAGAAGAAAGAGAAGGUGCCAAGAAGGAGUUCAUAGAAGUCCUUAAAUUGUUGGAGGAACAGCUGGGAGACAAGACUUACUUUGGAGGAGACAAACUUGGUUUUGUGGAUAUAGCACUUGUUCCAUUCUACACUUGGUUUAAAGCUUUAGAGACUUUUGGCACCCUCAACAUAAACAGUGAGUGCCCCAAGUUUGUUGCUUGGGCCAAUAGGUGCAUGCAGAAAGAGAGCGUUUCUAAGUCUCUUCCCGAUCAGAAUCAGGUUUUUGACUUCAUUGCGGAUGUAAAAAAGAAGUUAGGCAUUGAGUAGGUUGGAGCUUGUUGGCACUUGUCUUCCAUUGGUCGUUUCUAAACCUUUCAACUAAAUAAUAUUUGUGUAAUAAAAGGCACUUGGAUGUGCCAAGUUCAUGCUUUCUGUAGGAGUGUGUAGCUUUUCAAAACUUAAAAGUAACUUUCAUGUGUUUGUUGGUUUUGUAAUUGAGUUUUUCUUUAUUAUCA